UGACAGGGCCGGUUCGCUGUCCCUAUGACCCCAGUGCUGGCAGCCUCCCCCAGACAGAGGUCAAGUGCAUGCAAGACCAGGGCCCAACAGCGUCCGCUCAGCGGGGGUGUUGGGCUGGACGCAUAGCCGCAGGCCCUGCGGGGACCUGUCCCCCUCGAGGAUAGGGCUGAAACAGAGGGGGACAGACGGGUGACAAGCUAGCAGCAGCCCUCCCGAGAGCACCAUGGACAAUUACGAACUGCUCAAUUCAGAGGGCAAAGAUGGGAAGGCGCCUGCACCCACCUUGCAGAGCAGCGAUGAGACCCUCUACUGUGAGGCUGAGGCCUCCCUGGCUGUGGAGAAGGAAAAGCUGCCACCCGAGAGCUCGGAGACAGACCUGGAGAUUGAAGACACUGAGAAGUUCUUCACCACGGGGCAGCAGGAGAUGUACCUGGAAGCCUGCAGGCUGGUGGGCGUGGUUCCAGUCUCCCACUUCCUACGCAACAUGGAUGAAGCCUAUGUGAACCUCAACCACCAUGGGCUGGGCCCCAAUGGCAUCAAGGCCAUCGCCAUAGCCCUGGUGUCCAAUACUACGGUGAUCACCCUGGAAGUGGCGGACAACAACAUCCUGGACAAGGGCGCCAUGAGCCUGGUGGAGAUGCUACAGGAGAACUAUUACCUGCAGGAACUGAACAUGUCCGAAAAUAACCUCGGCUUCGAGGGGGCCAAAGUCAUCUCCCAGUUUCUCCAGAGAAACACCACUUCACUCUUGAACCUCCAGCUCUCGGGGAACAACUUUAAGGACAACUGUGCAGAGCUGCUUUGCCACGCCCUGUCGUUCAAUUACCACAUCAAGAUUCUGGACCUCAGCUACAACCAGUUCUCUGACAAGGCAGGAGAGCACUUGGGACAGAUGCUGGCCUUGAAUGUGGGGCUGCAGUCUCUGAACCUGAGCUGGAAUCACUUGCACUCAAGAGGAGCCAUCGCCCUGUGCAAUGGGCUGCGAGCCAAUGUGACCCUGCGAAAACUGGACGUGUCCAUGAACGGCUUUGGGAACGAGGCGGCGGCGGCACUCGGGGAGGUGCUCAGGACCAAUGCCUCGCUGGCCUACCUGGACGUCAGUAGCAACGGCAUCAGCAACGAGGGCAUCGCCAGGAUCAGCCGAGGGCUGGAGGUCAACGAGAGCCUCCGGGUGCUGAAGCUUUUCCUCAACCCGAUGAGCAUGGAAGGGGCUGUUCUGCUCAUUCUGUCCAUCAAGAGGAACCCCAAGUGCAAGAUGGAGGAACUCGACAUUUCCAAUGUGGUGGUGUCGGAGAACUUCACCAAGACUCUGGAAGGGGUGUACGCUGUGCACCCCCAGCUGGACGUGCUGUACAAGGGUCUGCAGGGCUUCUCUGUCAAGAAGACUGUCCACCAGUGGACCAACCUCAUGAAGCUCAUCCUGAACUAUGCAGACCAGAAUAAAAUCACCAUCGUGGACUUCUUCAAGAGCCUGAACCCCACGGGAGCCUUGAAGAUGCCCGUCGGCCAGUUCCGCAAGGCGCUGAUGCAGCAGACCAGGGUCCCCAUCCACCGGUCCCAGGUCCGGGAGCUGAUCAAGAAGUUGGACGACAAGGCCGGCAUGGUGGACUUCAGGUCAGCCCCCCACGGGCCUGGGGCCCCAGUGAGUCCUCUCCCUCUCUCUGCAUGCCUCCCUCCUACUCCCCUACCCCUCAGCACCUGGCUCGGUCUCAUGGAAGGGAGGCAGCUCCGAGCCCCAUUGCUGUGCAUCAAGCUGCUUCAGUUACCCGAUCUGUGCCGGGCGACCAAAUACAGUGCCGCUGGGAGGCGAGUUUGGGAAGGCUGGGUGGCUGGCGGCACACACACCGCAGACAUGUGAGCGCUUGCUCACACAGGCGCCAUGCACCACACACAGAAUCACGUUGUCACAGGGCUGGGAGGUGGCUAGACCACACACAUUGCCAUGUGCAAGGACCCGGGUUCAAGUCCCCGGCACCACAUCAGAGCACCAUGCACUGGGGAAACUCCAUGAAUGCUGUGAAGUCUCUACAUCUCUCUAUGUCUCUCUCUGUCUCUUUCUAUGUGAAAUUAAAAGGGAAAAAAAGGUGGGGAGUCGGGUGGUAGCACAGCAGGUUAAGCACAGGUGGCACAAAGUACAAGGACCUGAGUAAGGAUCCCGGUUCGAGCCCCCGGCUCCCCACCUGCAGGGGAGUCGCUUCACAGGCAGUGAAGCAGGUCUGCAGGUGUCUGUCUUUCUCUCCCCCUCUCUGUCUUCCCCUCCUCUCUCCAUUUCUCUCUGUCCUAUCCAACAACAACAACAUCAGUAACAACAAUAAUAACUACAACAAG